UCUCUCUCUCUCUCUCUCUCUCUUCUGCGGUAGUAACAAAAAUGACUAGUUCUUCAUACGCAAACCUUCUCUCGACCUCGCCCUUUCACAAGGUAGCCCACAAGUUGCCCAGCUAUUCUUUGCCGUUACAAGCACUUUGCUUGCGCAGGUCUACUCGCCCCUUUUCCAAUAAAACAAGCGCAGUUCCAAAAGCAGCGAUUGCCACAGAGGGUGAAGUUCUUCCGCCUGUUCUCGAUUCCAGCUCUGAACCCCCGCCUCUUUUUGAUGGCACCACAAGGCUGUACACCUCUUACAUUUGUCCAUACGCACAACGUGUUUGGAUUGCACGGAAUUCCAAGGGUCUGCAGGAGAAGAUCAAGUUAGUUCCCAUUGAUCUAGAGGAUAGGCCCUCUUGGUACAAGGAGAAAGUCUACCCCCCAAAUAAGGUGCCUUCACUGGAACAUGAUAAUGAAGUCCGAGGAGAGAGUCUUGAUUUGAUGAAAUACAUUGAUAGCUCCUUUGAAGGACCAGCACUUUACCCUAACGAUCCUGCAAUGAGAGAGUUUGCUGAGGAGUUGCUAUCCUACAGUGACACCUUUAAUCGAGCUGUGUUAUUUUCACUCAAAGGAGAAUCCCUUAAUGAAAUCAGUUUGGCGGUCAAUUACCUGGAAACGGCUCUCUCCAAAUUCAGCGAUGGACCCUUCUUCCUUGGUCAAUUCAGUCUUGUUGACAUAGCUUAUGCUCCAUUUGUAGAGAGAUUUCAUCCCCUAUUGCUGGAAGUGAAGAACUAUGACAUCACCACAGGAAGACCUACGCUGAGAUCAUGGAUUGAGAAUGUGAACAAGAUUGAAGCCUACAAACAAACCAAGCGAGAUCCUCAAGAACUUGUGGCAGUCCUCAAGAAGCGAUUUUCGAUAAAAUGAAGAUCUAGCUGAUUCCUGCUUGGAAAUGCAGCCAGGAUAUUCCUUCGCAAGCUCUGUACCCGUAAAGUCUUCAGCCUUCUUUCUUGUAUCGUAAUACAUUCUACGCUGGUAGCUGUUGCAUUUUUGCUGCAGUUGUUUUUAAGGUUUGGAACAAUGUAAAAUGACAUCUCAUUCCUUGCCCGAUGAUACAGUGCUACUUAAGCAUGUUGUGCAUAUUGUUGUACAGAAUAUUGUGCGAGUAGCAUACCUCUUCCUUCAUACGAGUGUUGGAUUUUGAUUGUAUGGAUGGAUUUAUGAAGUGGAAAUAAGAGCCUCUUUUCCCAUUGUA